AGUUUUGCGAAAGAUUGAAAUAAGCGUUUCAAUAUCUAUAAAAGCAUUUAGCACUAAUGGAUGAAAAAAUUAAUAAAUUAACGUUUGAAAUGGGAUUUAGCAGGGCAGAGGCAAUUAUGGCUUUAACGGAAACAAAUGGCAACAUGGAUAAUGCUAUUGAAAACCUUUUACAACGAAAAUAUGCACCUCCUCCAUAUUCAAGUAUUAAUGUAUCAAGUAGUGAUGGUAAUAUAGAAUGUCCUGGUAAAAAUAGUUUUAGUUCUGAAAACUUAAGUAAAUCUUCCUCUCAGGAAACUAAUUUUUUUCAAGAUAAUUUUGCUCCUUUGGAUUUUAUUAGGAAUAUACCUGCUGAAUUUGUUUUACCAUGUUUGCCUCCUCCAUAUCAGAAAGUUGAUUUAAAAGAUUGGGAAGAUGAAUCAAAAUUGUUUCAUAUAACUGAAAAUACUGAAAGAAACUUGCAUACAGAUAUUUCAAAAUAUUAUCAAAAAAGAUGCAAUGUUUGUUUUAAUGAAAUUUUAACAUUAGCUGAUGAUGGCACAAAACAUAUAGAAGAAAUUGUUCAGCAUAAAAUGAAUUAUUUUCAUUAUUCAUGCUUUACAAAAAAGUUUGGUCCUAAGUGUGCCUAUUGUUGCUUUCCACUUUUUCUACCAGACAAAGAUCAUGAACUUUCUGGACAAUACCUAGUUUAUAAAGAUAGAGAUUAUCAUGUUGAAUGUUACACAAAGUAUGCUGGACCAAGAUGUUCUUACUGUUGUAAUGUAAUUGUUGAAGUACCUGGUGGAGAGUAUAGUGGAAAAAGAGUUAUCGAUGGUCUAAAAGAAUAUCACGUGGAAUGUUACAACAAAAAAGUGUAUGCUAUUUGGAGAGCAAAAAAUUCUUGAUUUUGUUA